UCCAUGCCACGGAAGUAUCUUUCUCGAGACGUAGUUUUUCCGAGAUAAAGACGGUCAUCUACGAAAGCGUACAUUCAUGUGCAUAAAGCACAGCGGAUGGCGACUGUCAACUGGUUGGUUCUUGCACUAAACAGGGUGGGAUUUUACGCUAACAAUUCUUGUCCUAACAAUUCGCAUCCUCUGAAAUCAGCGCAGUGUUUCAAUUCGUUUUGACCCGUUUAUCGUACCUACGAUGAGUUAGUGACGUUAGUAACAACCGUUUUAUGACAUCGGGAAUAGAGACAAUGGGUGAGCAGCCAAUAUUUACGUGUAAGGCACACGUCUUCCACAUUGACCCAAAGACCAAACGGUCUUGGGUUUCAGCCUCAACUGCAGCCGUUUCGGUCUCAUUUUUCUAUGACUCAACAAGAAGUUUAUACAGGAUUAUCUCUGUUGAGGGUACUAAGGCUGUCAUCAAUAGCACCAUCACACCAAACAUGACAUUUACCAAAACUUCACAAAAGUUCGGACAGUGGUCCGAUGUCCGAGCCAACACCGUUUAUGGUCUAGGUUUUUCUUCUGAAGCAGAGUUGGGCAAGUUUAUCGAGAAAUUCCUUGAAGUAAAAGAGGCGACGAAGAUUGCCGGCGCCAAACUCCAGUCCAAUAGCUCAUCCGUGACACCGGCAACAAGUGCAAAUGUUAGUCCAAUCACGUCUAGGUCUGUGUCGUCUUUGCCAUCCUCGGAACAGGACCUAAUAGACCCACCCAACUCGUCAAUGAUAAGUUCCAACUUGUCGGCAUCUAACAAUCCGAACCCAAAUGCAAACUUGAUAUCUGCACAGAACAGUGUGCCGUUGGUCAGCGGUAGCCCUCUGCCUGGAGGCUGCCAGAGUAAAAUGGAUGAGGAAUUGAAGAACGCAAUACAUGCUAGGUCACAGAGUAUGUCUCAGCAAAGCACAGAGAGCCCUCAGCACCAAGGAAAAUCUUUGCAACAGAUCGGAUCUAGCCAAUCCAACCAGUCGACAGAAGCUCAGCUCAAAUACGAUAACGACAGAUUAAAAAUCGCCCUUGCUCAGAGUUCGGCAAAUGCCAAAAAGUGGGAGGUUGAACUGAUAGCCGUGAAUACGGCAAAUGCUAGACUGACAAGUGCCCUGCAAGAGUCAACGGCAAAUGUAGACGAAUGGAACAGACAGCUGCAAUUAUACAAAGAAGAAAAUGCCAGGCUAAGGGCAAAGUACGCGGAUUUAGAGGCUAGCAAAAUUUCUGAAGGUAACAGUGAGGCGCUCAGGUUAAGAGUUGAAGCACUGGAAAAUGAAUUGAGAUCGCGGAACGAGGAGAUUAAAAGCCUGACCAUGGCCACAAAGAAAAAAGACUAUAUGUCACUGCAACAGGAGAACGGAGAGCUACGGGAAAUGUUGAACACUGUCCACGAGCAGCUGGAACUCGCCCUGAGUGCCAAUAAGGUGCAAAAACAGAACUUAGAUACUCUGAACUCGAGAUUAGCCGGCUACAUACAGGACCUGGAAACGGUACACCAGGAAAUAACGAACACGCUUCAAACCUAAGUCUAAAUGAUAUUAUAAUUUUUAUUUACUUUCGUCGAUUUUACGAGAACAACUAUACGCCUUUAAGGCAUCAUUAACGGGGGAAAACGUAUCGUAAAAACGGUGUAGACCGCAUAAAUCGUUGGCUACAAUGGAGCCCUUAUUAUCGAUUUAUAUUUUGCAGAAAUCUAAGUUUCUUAAAAUAGUUGAUUGUUGGAAAAAAGAAUUCUUUUCUUAGUUCUAAAGAAUCAUAAGAUUUCUUGUAUAUCGGGAUUCAGUGUUCUAAGAUGAAUUGUCGAUUCUUAUAUCAGAGAUUUAUUGAACUCGAGUUCAUGAUUCAAUCGGAGCUUUUCCCCUGUACAUUACACCUAUUACCUACGAUUUUAUAACUCACGGAGUUAACAUCGUAUAGUAUAGUAGUAAAUUUCACAGCAAUUUAUUGGCGAAGUAAAAAUGCACAAUCGAAAUUAUUAGUGUUUCAUAGUAAUCAUCUGAACAGCCGGUGUGAUUUAUUUUUCAUUUUACUACAAGCUGCGUUCGUCGUCUGAAAAUCUGCAAUCGAAGUUGAGACUAAGCAUAGAAAAAGCUUCCAGAAAAUAAAUUUGUAUAAACAAAAAAACUUGCUCAAAUCGUUCGGCCGAUUCUUUUACAAUAUGCUAAUGUUAUGAUAUCUUCGUCAGUGGAUAUCACCAACCAGCUGUUUAUGCAGAUUUCUGUAGUUCAAGAAUUUGUUUUAAUUGAAUUGAAUGCUGAGAAAUUCGCGCAAUCUACCGUUAACUGUGAGUUGCAACACGUAUUGCGCGUACCGUAAGAAGUCUAUUUCAGCUUAUUGAAUAAGAAAAGAGAGAGAAAAAAAGAAAUCUAGUAUGAAAUCAAAAGUUUGGUAUUAUUCUUGUUCCGAAUCUACCAUUGCUAUUAAUACAAUUUUGUUUGUUGUGCGCUGUUUAGUAAUCGGGAAUUUCUUUACGAUUUUUCUACGUUACUCUUUUUUUUUGCAGUUUCUUUAAAUUCUUUUUUUCUCUCCCUCAUUUCGACAAUAAAAAAUAGGCUGAAAAGGCUGACUGAAAAAUAAACUGGUAGUAUAUAAAAUUUACAAUAGUAUUAUGUGAAAAGGACGUAAUAGCGAUGUUUUAAAUCGAGAUAUUGGAAACACAAACCUCGCUCGCCAUUUAUAUUAUCUUAGUGAAAUGAGUCUCAAACGCUCCCAUACUUGAUUUAUACCAAACACAUUAAAAAGCAAGAACUCAUUACAGUUAUUUAUAAUUUUCGGCAAGUAAGUUUUUCGUCGAGUUAGGUCUCGUCUUUUAAGCCAACUGUAAUCUUGCAUCAAUGAAAAAUGCUUGCUUUCACAUUUAUUUAUUGCAUUUAUAUUAAUAUUAAGUCAUUUGAUGCUUAGAUCAGAUAUAGAUUUUAAUAACGAAACAACAAUCUACAAUUUUUUUCCGUCAUUAUCAUAGAUUUGUACGUAGUAGUAAUAUUUUAGUUUAGCCGGGUUACGUAGAAAUUUAAUCCACUGUUUCAAAUCUUCCUGGCACAUUUAAAAUUUUUUUUUUACAAAGUCUUAACUCUAAACUGUGGAAUUCCUGUUUUUCUAAGGAAACUUUGGCCGAGUACCUUACGUUUUUCUCGUUUCUGUACUGCUUAUAAGUUCACUUUGGCACGGAAUAAGUUUUUGAUAUUCUUUUUGUUUACGAUGUUUAUCAUAUUCCAUCUCAUCCAUCCGGACACUGUAUUUUAAUUUAACAAUUUGCAUCUUUGUAAUUACUGUUUUCUAGUGUUUUUUCCUAUCUUCUUCAGCUACUAUCUCUCGUUUUCACUUUAAAUCAGCACUCGUAUCGGAUUCAUGUUACCAAUGACUCUUUGAUUCCAUUUUUUCUAAGCACUUUGGUAGUUCAAUAUUUCCUAUUUAUUCAUAGUUUAAUAUUAUAAUAAUAAUUUUCGGAUAGAGCGAAAAUUUCGUUUCUACCCACUCCAAAAUCACUGAGAAAUCUCAAAGUAUAAUCUCUAUUGAAUUAAUUUUUACCAAUCAAUACAUGCAAUCUAUUUUAUAAGUUAUAUAAGAAAAUAUAUUCAUACAUCUUUAUUUCUAUAUUUCUACUGCAUAAAAAUUUUCUUCUUCGUUCCCUUAUUUCUGUUGUUUAAUAUUAUAUUUUUUCUCGUGUACACCAUAUACCACUACUUUAUAUGUAUAUAUACAUACAUAUACCUAUGUGCAUAUAUUAUUUAUACGCGUUUAUGUACCGUGGUUGAUACUGUACGAUAUACAUACAUACUUGUACACAUAUUAUAGAAACGAUUGGAUAAGUUCAUUAGAUAUUAACUUUAUUUAUUUUUUAUUCAGUCUGAUUUUUCAUAAUGAACGGAUCACUGAUCGAUUGACGUACCGUGCCGAUAAACAUUCGUUAUUUAUUCGUACUAAACAAAUGAUGAUACUAUAUAAUACUAUACAUAUUAUAUAUACAUUCAAGGAUAUGUGCAUACACAUACAUAGUAUAUACUAAUUGAAAUUUUUAAUACAAAUAAAGUCCUUGUAGAUACGAGGAUUACUGCCAUGCAUGCCAUAGCUUCUUUUCAUUUCACGAAGCUAGUUAUUAUGUAUAAAUACUAGAUACCAAAAAUUUUCGUACGUUUAUCGUUAUUGUCAUUAUAAGUGUCAUUAUUCCUAGUAUUAUUAACAUUAUUAUUGUUAUCAUUGUAAGUAUGAUCAUUAUUGCACAGAAAUUGAGUAGGAUGGAUUACGUAGUGUUUUUAAUAUUGUAUCAAAACGGGGCACAUAUUUUUAUUGCAUUUGUUCUUCAUCAGUUGAAAAUUAUUUUCACAUACAUUUUUCAUCCAAAAAACAUACCUGACAUUGUACAUUUUUUUAAACUCCAGUAUUGCAUAUUUUAAUAAAUUGUUAUGAAACAUUUUACCACCGUGACAAACGUGAAUCGAAUAUAAAACUUACUUUAAUGUCCGCUUAUGGAAAACACGAAAGAAAUACUGGGUCGGUGAUCACUCGUGUUUUCUCCUCUGUUGUCUCUGUAUCAAGUUUGAGGUAAAAAUAUCGGCACAAAAAAAGUUGAGUCCAGCCGCUUGAUAGCUUUUUUCCUGUGUCUUCCUUUGCGCCUGCAUAACGUAGUAGAUAUUCUCCUGUAUUCACGUAUUGUUUGAACUUGGAGUAGAUGAGGUGUAGGAAAUAACAAAUGAAGGGAUUGAAAUUUGGUUCUAAUUAAUAAUACUGGUACAAUGAUUAAUUGAAUCUCGCAAAUCUGUCUCUUUUUUUUGGACUAGUGUACAAUCUGCAAAGAUCUAUCUAUAUGUGUGUGUAUAUACACACGUAUGCGCAUAUGAUACAUAUACGACGAUUAUACGUAUGUAUAAAUAAGUUAAUACUUAUAUUGGCGAUAUAAUUCCUCAUCGAAUCGAUGAAAAACGAAUGCAUAUCCACUUUAUUUAAACGUAGAGGGCAGAGAAAAGAAAUUUUAGUCUAUCUAUAAAAUAAUAAUAAGAUUAUACUUGUUGGAAUAAUGGGUACCGGUAUUGUUCUUCCGAUAAUUGCGAUAACGACACUGUGAUGGAACUGUGUUAUCAUGCAGGUCGUUCGGUUAUAAUUUAAGGGUUAGUAUUACGUGAAUAAAUAAAUAGAAAAAAGAAGGACAAACCCACGUGCCAUAAGAUGAUUAUUGCCGUUGCGUGCAGUGAGCUCUGCAGCAUAAACAAACGAUGAGUAAAUAAUAAAUGAUAGAGUUAUUUAUACUCAGGCACAGGUAUAGCCGAUUUCGGCUUUCGCAAACGUCCAAUGUUACAAGUAAAUACCGUUGUUAACGUCGACGCAAUUCGGGGAUGAUGGAAUCAACGUAUCUUGUAAUGUUUCAUUCGCCAUUGGAUUACCGUUUAGAAACGGAUUUUUCUAUUUACCGAGCAAUGAAAAAUAUUAAGUUUAAUAAUCACAGGUUUCCGAGCGUCGCUGUCCAUGAAAAUACAUUCGGUUUCCUGAUUUUGUGAUCAUGGAAAUUGAUCGAAGACUUGAUUUUCAGAAAGUUUGGUUAUUUGACCAACCGAAGGUGAAUUUUAAAUUUGAGCGGCGCGUGGCAAAUCAAACCUUGUCUUUCAAACGCGUGACGAAAUCGGUUUGCCCGAGGUCUUGAAGAUAAUUGAAACUUUUUCUUGACGCACAAAAUAUCGCGACAUAUUGUGGUGAAUUAUGUUUGCAAGUUACUAUAUACAAUAAAUAAA